UUCUUAUAAAACGAGGGGAAAAUUCACCUUGGGCACCUCUAGGUUGUUUGGUAUUUCUUCUGUCUUUCAGCAUCCUUGGUGGAGAGCGCCAGCCAGGAGGGGCAGAUGCCGGCGGAGGCGGGACAGAAGGCGGACUGGCCGCGCUCCUACGGGAUGCAGCUCAGUUGGGACAUCAACGACCCGCAGAUGCCUCAGGCGCCCGCGCACUUCGACCGCUUCUGCGAGUGGGCGGACGGCUACGUGCGCUUCAUCUACCGCAGCGACGAGAAGAAGGCGCAGCGCCACCUGAGCGGCUGGGCCAUGCGCAACACCAACAACCACAACGGCCACAUCCUCAAGAAGUCGUGCCUGGGCGUGGUGGUGUGCGCGCGGGCCUGCGCCCUCCCCGACGGCUCCCGCCUGCAGCUGCGGCCGGCCAUCUGCGACAAGGCCAGGCUGAAGCAGCAGAAGAAAGCGUGCCCCAACUGUCAUUCUGCUUUGGAAUUGAUCCCCUGUCGAGGACACAGAGGGUACCAUGUAACCAACUUCUGGCGGCUUGAUGGCAACGCCAUAUUUUUUCAGGCCAAGGGAGUUCAUGAUCACCCACGACCAGAGAGUAAAUCGGACACGGAGGCUAGAAGAAGCGCCAUCAAGAGACAAAUGGCUUCUUUUUACCAACCCCAGAAAAAGAAAGUUCGAGAACCGGAGGCAGGAGCGAAUCAAAGUAACAGCAGACAUUUCAACGACAUACCUUCCCUGGAAAAUCCAGAGGAGCUGGAUCUGAUUCCUGACACAGGCUUCCCUGUUCCAGGGCAGACUUGCUGUUCCUUUCCAGACUCGGAGGCCUACAAAGCUACCUGUGACCUAGCUGCCUUUCAGGGAGACCGAGUACCAUCCUUUCAGAAAUACCCAAACCCAAGAGUCUGCUGGCCUCGGCCACCCUGCAGUUAUGAAUCGGCAGGUCCUGGUUAUGCAAAUUCGAGCCCCUACCCCACCCUUUAUAAAGAUUCCAGCCAUGUGCCUAAGGACACAGACUGGCUUCCUCUGAAUGCACCACAAUACAACGUGAAUGCCUACAGCAGCUUCGAGAGAAGCUUUGAUUUCGCCAGUCAACAGCAUGGCUGGACACCAGCUCUUGGACAAGCUGGCCUUGGGGAGUGGACCGACCAUGGACCGUCCCAGGCCGGGGCCACACGCCGUUAUUACACCCCCGAGCUUCCCUGCAGGUACCUUACAACCACCUCCCCGGGGGCUCCAGCCCUACAGACCGUCAUCACCACCACCACCAAAGUGUCCUACCAGGCCUGCCAGCCCCCUGCCCCGAAAUACCGCGACAGCGCGCGCGAAGUUAAGAGCCUUUCAGGCUGUGCCUCUGCUCCAGAAGAUGCCCACAUGGCCACCUACCCAGAAGCCUUGGCCCUUCCAGCUGCAGUCUCCACAGCAGCCUCUCCAACAGGGUCGCUGCCUUUGAAGAUUCCCGGAGAUCGCCAGGCCAUCAGACCCCCUCUGUCUUUUCCUCAGGUGGCAGCACCCGCCUGGACAGACGGAGCAGAGACUUGGGAUAUCUGUCCACCUGCGCUGGGGUCCACAGUUGGUUAUUCAGAUAGAGUUAGUCCGUUCUUUAGCUGAGGACUUUUGAAUACCAGUCCUGGGCACAUUACAUUGGUCCCCAAGCAGGCAGUGGAGCAUGGCAUGGCAGCUGUCUCUAAGGUUGGGAAAUUCAUUUAGCAUGCAAAGAAAUUUACAUAUAUAAUAUUUAUAUUAUAUAUUUAUAUUAUAUAAUUACAUAAUAAAUUGUAUAAUAUAUAUUAAAUUUAAUAAAUUAUAAUUUAAUAUAUUACAAAUUUAAUAAUAUACUUAUUAUAAUUUAUAAUAUACUUAUAUAUAAUAGAUGAGUCAGUUGUCAAAAUAGCUUUGGGAAGAAAUCUCAACAAUCCUAUCUCCUGAGUCAUUUCAUAAGACUUUUUUUUGGUCUUUUUGUCUUUAGAGGGCUGCGCCUGCCACAUACAGA